AUGGUGCCACAGCAGCAGACGGUGGACGUACGCCGGACAGCACAGCUCAACUGCUCCACUGAGGGUCACCCUCAGCUGGCCAUCUCUUGGCUGAAGGAUGGCCAGCCACUACACACUUAUGGCAUGAUCAAGCUGGUCACCCCACAGACGCUGCGCAUAGAGCAGGUGGAGCGGUCGGACCUGCGCAUGUACCAGUGCGUCGUGUCCAACAACGAGGAGACGGCCCAGGGCACCGCCGAGGUCAGUCUGGGCGCGCCGUGGUGCGCCCCGGCGACGCCUGGACGGCGCCAAUGCGAGGCGUCGGGCUCCCCACUGCCCUCCGUGUCGUGGCUGCUCGACGGCCACCCACUCACCUCAGAGGGCCACGUGCAGGUGAGCGUGGAGGCGGGCAGCGCGGCGGUGUCGGGCCGCGUGCGGCUGGCGGCGGCGGCGGCCGAGGACGCGGGCGUCUACGAGUGCGUGGCCAGCUCCGCCGGCGGCGUCGCGCGCCACGCGGCGCCCCUGCAGGUGCGGGGCCCGCCGCGCGUGCGGCCAAUGGCCGCCUUCCACUGCCGCGUCACCGGCUACCCUGUCAGCGAGAUCCGCUGGCAGAAGGCAGGGAAGCCGCUUCCAGAACAACAUCGGCAGCAGGUCUUCCCGAACGGCACCCUGAUUGUGAAAGACAUUCAAAAAGUCAUAGACGAAGGUGGUUACGUAUGUAUAGCGACAGAUCCUGACGGAAGCACUGCCAGGAGCAAACUUAAUGUCCAAGUUACUGAGGCACCAGAAAUUGAUCCAAUAAUAGUAAAACCAGACCUCCAAGAAGGCAUGCGGAUGAAUCUAAUGUGUGUUGUCAGCAAAGGGGACUUCCCGAUUGCUAUACAAUGGCUAAAAGAUGGAGUAGCAAUAAAUUAUGAACAAGGAGUGUCUGAGAAUAGUUUUGAUGAGUAUUCGAGCACCCUCAGUUUCAACAGCCUUAUGAUGAAACAUACAGGAAAUUACACUUGUCAGGCAUCAAAUGCUGCUGCUUCAAGGAACUACACAGUGGAAGUGGUUGUUAAUGACAGAUUAAAUGAUGUCACAUUGGAGCAGAAAUCCUUACAGGAAAAGUUAGAAAAACUUGAAGACAGAGCAGAUGUAGCAUCUUUAAAGAAUGACACAACUCUAGCAGAGAAACUUGUACAUGAAUGCAAAUUAUGUGAUGAUUAUUUAGAUGAGAAGUUUGAGACAAUGACACAGAGCAUUUUAGAUAAGACAAAGGAACAAGUAAAGGGAGAAACAGAUAAUAUUCAGCAAGAGGUACGUAAACUUAAAGAAAAUGUAAUACCAAGUUUGUCAGUAAUACCAAAACCCAUAACAGGCAACCAAAACACAAAUGAGAAUCUGAAUAAUGCUAGACCCAGCACACAGCCAAAACUAAGAUUACCAAUGAAUGAUACAAAUCCCAAUGAACCAUUUUCAAUGCUACCACAAGAUCAAAAUUACUAUCAGACAUCACCACAUACUAUGCACAGUUUGACACAAAAUGCAGGACCCUUAAUGCCAUCGGGAGUAGCUGAUGAAACAUUAGUACGACAUGGAUACUUUCAGACAUUUUCAUGUGAUGAGAAAGACAAAGUGCAUCCGAUUGUUUUCAUCCGCUCUUUUGACGGAAAAACGAAUCAACCAAAGAAUAAGAAGUUUCAGUAUUCUCCCAGCAAAGUUAAAGAUGCUCUAAAGGCUAUUGAUGAGGGAAUGAAGGUUGCUACUGCAAGCAAGUUGUACAAAGUUCCAAGGACAACAUUAAGAAACAAAAUUUCUGGUGUAUCUCCAAAAGAAUCUACAGGGCACUGUGGUCCACAUUCUGUCUUAGGUGAACAAAUUGAAAAAAAAAUUGGUCGACUGGGUUUUGGACUGUUCUAG